GUAUCGAAUGGUUUAUAAUAAAGAUUGAAGGACUUCGAUACCAGGAAGAUGAAUUUGCAUCCAAAUUUCAUAAUAUGGGUUCAAGCAUGGUUUGCAGCCAUCUCCGGUCAGGAGGCUCUACUAUCUCGUCUAUUUUCAUCAGAUCUCUGAUAUUUCUUAGUACCAUUCAAUUCGCAGCAACUCUACAUUUUAACUUUACCAACUUCAACCGUACCAAUGAUGAUCAAAUAAAAUAUGAGAGAGAUGCCUUUACCACCAACGAUGUCAUCCACCUCACUAAAGCCGUGGUUGGUCAAUCAGCUAAGUCAAGUAUCGGACGAGUUACUUAUGGACAGCCUUUGCAUCUAUGGGAUAAGGCCUCAGGAAACCUUACUGACUUCACUACCCGUUUCACUUUUGUGAUUGAUUCCAGAAAUAAUACAGCGUAUGGCGAUGGGAUGGCGUUCUUUCUAGUUCCAAAUGGUACUGAGGUCCCGUCACUUGCAACAUCUGGUGGAACAUUUGGACUCACAAAUGAUAGUCAGCCUACCAACACCACCGCCAAUAAAUUUGUCGCUGUUGAAUUUGACGUGUAUGGGAACAACUGGGACCCUCCCCCCCAGUCGCAGGACGAUGAAAUCUUCACUAAUCCCAUUGAUUAUUAUGAGCAUGUAGGUGUUGAUGUCAACUCUGUGAAAUCCGAGACAACUGUGUUUUGGGAAAAUGGGAGGUCUAGUGUUAUGAAUGGGUGGACAAAUGAAGCUCAGAUAAGUUAUGCUUCUAGUUCAAAAAAUCUUAGUGUUUCAUUCCGUACAAAUAUAACUGGCAACUCUAGUGCUUCACAUCAAAGUUUCUACUUUGUGGUUGAUCUACGAGACCAUUUGCCAGAUUGGGUCAGUGUUGGCUUUUCAGCUUCAACAGGAGCCGCAAUUUCUUACAAUACAAUCAAUUCAUGGGAAUUCAGUUCUACUCUGGAGUCCCAUGCAGAGGCUCCGAGUCCAAGUGAUCCGAUAGCAGAGGUUCCAACUUUAAGUCAAACUGGUCCAGUACCACAGGUUCCAAAACAUAUUAAAACUAAUAAUAAAAAGAUGGGUACAGUGAUUGGAUUGGCGGUAGGGGUGUUUGUUCUUGUUUGUGCUGUGGGCACAUACAUUAUAUUGAAGAAGAAGAAAGAGAGAGAAGAAAAUGAAAAUACCAUUUGUUUUGAGGAUGAUUUCAUGGAUGAUGAAUUUGAGAAAGGAACUGGACCUAAAAAGUUCUCGUAUAAUGCUCUUGCUAUGGCAACAAGCAACUUUGCACCACAUGGAAAACUUGGAGAAGGAGGAUUUGGGGAAGUUUACAAAGGCUUCUUGAGUGAACUGAAUUUGGAUGUGGCUGUCAAGAGAGUCUCAAGAAAUUCUAGACAAGGAAUAAAGGAGUAUGCAUCUGAAGUGAGGAUCAUUAGUCGUCUGAGACAUAGAAAUUUGGUGCAGCUCAUUGGUUGGUGCCAUGAACGGAAUAAUCUUUUACUUGUCUAUGAGUAUAUGCAAAAUGGUAGCCUGGAUUCCCAUCUUUUCAAGGGGAAGAGCUUGCUGUCUUGGACCGCAAGGUAUAAAAUUGCUCAAGGCCUGGCGUCAGUAUUGCUUUAUCUACACGAAGAAUGGGAACAAUGUGUGGUGCAUAGAGACAUUAAAUCAAGCAAUGUCAUGUUAGAUUCAAGUUUUAACACUAAGCUAGGUGAUUUCGGACUGGCCAGAUUUGUUGAUCAUGAUAGGGGUGCACAAACAACUAUGGUGGCGGGGACACGAGGCUACAUGGCCCCUGAAUGUUUUUUCACAGGCCAAGCUAGCAGGAUGUCGGAUGUUUUUAGCUUCGGAGUUGUUGCCCUGGAAAUAGCAUGUGGGCGAAAACCUAUUGACAUCAAGCUAGAAGAAAGUCGGGUAGAAUUAGUAAAGUGGGUUUGGGACCUUCAUGGGAAGGAACAAAUUCUUGAAGCAGCAGACCCAAAACUCUCCGGGGAUUACGACGAGAGUCAAAUGAAACGGUUGAUGAUGGUCGGGCUCUGGUGUGCCCAUCCAGACUGGCCAAUUAGGCCUUUCAUUAAGGAGGCCAUUCAAGUUCUUAAUUUUGAUGCUCCAUUGCCUGUUCUCCCGCCGCAGAUGCCAGUGGCAACCUAUUCCAUACCAUCAAACUUGUGUUUAGAAAACAGGGCCACAACCCAGAGAAGCCAAACUCAUUCUUCAGGCUGUAGUAACGGAACUGAUUCAUCAGUGUCUGCAACGGCAGCACGUCUAAGUAAUACUAGAUAAGCGUGUCGGUUAAUAUUCAACUCAAGGUAUGUGUGAUUUUGUAAUUUGAUUUCAGUUUGAUUAUAAUUCAUUCAGUGAUUGCUUGAUAAAUCCCGGUUUGUAAUUUUUUCUCUAUUCAAUAUUCAAUAUCUACAAUUUUGUA